AAACAUAAAUUAUUAAAAUUCCGAAGACGUAGGGGUGGUGGAAUUUGAGGUGGGAACAACGUAACGCGCUCGUCACGUGAGUGUACUCCUAUGUAGUACUAUGUCCUGGUCUGAUGCAUUGAAUUGCGCGACAAUCUUGGGCUAAAAAGUCAAAUCGAUUUUGUAAUUUGUGGAUAUUUUUGGUACUCAUUUUAUGAGUGGGGACAUUCGUGAAUCGGGACUACUCCACUAAGAAAAGUUUACUCUUUUUGUAAUGUCCAUGACGAACUAAAAGAUGAUGAAGAAAAGUUGUAUUAACGUUUUCUUAAGUUCUGGAAUUCAUAAACGCAAGUACACUGUUCGUACUUGGUAUAUCUCAGUGCAUUUUGAUAUCACACUUUAUGACUUUAAUCACACUUACCUCUUAAAACUAAACACGUUAAUUAAUCAUAAUCAUGACGUUUACCCACUUGAUUUCGCUUUGAAAGAAUAAUAAAGUUUUGAAUCAACAAAAAGAAAAUAAAAAGUAAAGUUAUGAUUUGUGUUGUCGACCAACAACACAAAACAAAAGAAAACCUACGGUUGGUUAUAAUAUGGAAAAAGAGAGGUAAUAAUAGGUGGAGGGUUCGUAUAAUUACUAAUCUAUAAUCUAUUACCAAAUUUGUAGUUCUAAACUCCUUUUUCAUUACCAUGAAUUAAGUUAUUAUUAGGCUUCAUUUGUAAAAUUUGAACUAAAAUAAAACACUUGUGAUUUUUUUUUUUUGGAAGUGAAAUAAAAUGUAUUUUUCUUUCUGUUUUAGGGGGUUUUGUGUAACUUGGUCUAAGUUGAAAGUUCUUGUAGUUACAUGUAUAAUCUAUUACCAAUUCUGUAGUUGUAAAACAUCUUCAGACUUUUAUAUUCUUACCAUGACAUUAAGUUCUUAAUUAUUAAAGUCAUUCCUUUGUAAAGUUUUCAUUAAAAUGAGUGUUUUCUUUCUGUUUUAAGGGGUUUUGUGAAAUUGAUCAUGAUGAUGAAGUUUAAGUAAUAGUUGUAUAUUGGCAGAGGUGAUUAGCUCUCCACGUCUAUCUUUGUAUCAGACACUCGACGAAGAAGAUCCUCUCGUCGGACAAUCACACAGAUUCACUUGAGGAAACUCCAUCAGGUAUCCGCUCCAAGAUCACAAUCAGCCUUCGUCUACUCUGAUCGUGCAUUUUCAUUUGCUGAAGCUUUCAAUUUUUGAGUCACAAUCUUUAAUUUUAUUGGCUAUUAAAUUUUUUAUUUAUUAAUAGUUUGUCAAUUUACAUGGAAAGUAUUUGAGAAAUCAUUUAAAAUUAAAUCUAACUUUUCUCUAUAGGAAGAAUAUAAUUUAAUAUUUUACAGUAGAUAUAUUAAUAAUUAUUUAUUAGAAAUCUAUUCUAAUAAAACGGAAGUAUAAAAUUAUACUUGUCUAUUUUUAAGUGGAUUCUUACAGAUUUUCAUUUCUCCUUCAAUUAAUUAUAAUCACUUCAUUUAUUGUCUUUUUUAAUUAAUUUGACUUCAUUUAUUACAAAAACACAAAAAACUUAUUUUAACUAUUUUAUUAGAUUUUACCUUCUUUUUUUACUUUUUCAAACUACUUCAUUAAUUGUAUUUACCAUAAUAAUUCGACAUCAUUUAUUUUACGUACAUGUUAACCUUAAUAAUUUCACAUGUUUGAAUGAAAUUGUUCUAUUCGUGAAAAGAAUUCAAACCGUUUAACAAAAAAAAAUUACACCCUAUACACAAAACUUUCUUCCUAAUUAGAUGAAUACCCAAAAUCCCACCUGAUAGUACUUUAAUUGCUAGACACCAAGUUUACUGUUAUAGGUAUUUGCUAAUAUCUAUAUUGUUUUUGUAUUAUGAGCCAAUUGACUCAAAAAAUAUUUGUUUAUAGAAUUACUUAGAUAUGGACAUUCAGGUACACAUUCGAGUACAUAUUUUUUUGGGUAUUAGUUUUUUUAAUAUUAAAAUUAAACUAUGUUCCUAUAUAAUAUAUUUUUGGAUGGGAUUCGAAUCGGAUUCUUCUAUGUCCGGGUAGGUUCGUAAAAAUCUAGAACUAGACAAAUAAUCUAUGUGUUUAAAAAUGUUACUACACCAUUUAUAAAAUAGUUAAAACCAAAUCUUCUCGCCCAAAAACCAAAACCCGUGCGGGCGCGCAGGUGAAGCUGUAGUUCCUUUUAAUUGUGUUAACAAUUGAUAGUUUUACCUUACUUGUUAACAUUAUAUAAAAAAUAAAGUCAAUUGGCUCAUUAUAUAAAAAAUAAGUUAAAUAUUUGUAGUUUUCUAUUUUUAUGUUAAUUAAAAAAAACGAAAGAUACUGCUAGAUAAUUAAAAUCUGGUGGAAUUAAUGUAUAAGAACGCACAUGCUACAUUUUAUUAUAUAAAGUUUGGUUCUUCAAAGUUUCUAAUUAACAUGAUCGCGACACAAGGCAGUUAUAUAUUUAAGAUUGUGACAUAUAAUAAUCUAUUUCACAAUUAAAAAUAUAUAUACUAAAAUAUUAACAAAAACGAAUUUUAUUAAAAAACUUCUUAUAUAUAUUAUUUAAUAGUAUAAUUUUCCUUUUUUAAAAUCCUAAUCAAAACAUUAUUGUAAAAUAUUAUUUGAUAAUAAUUUUUCUUCAAAUAUGGUGACAUGUGAUAUAUAAGGACUAAAAAUAUAUAUAAUAAGAUAAUAAAAAACAUUUUUGAAAAAACUACUUUUAAAAAUUAUUAAAUAGUAAAAACUAUUUUUAAAAGAUAUUUGGUAGUAUUUUUGUUUAGAAAAUUUCCCUUUUCAAAAUUCUAAAAUAUAGAUUUGAAAACAAUUUAUUUAAUAUAAAUUUUCUUUUCUAAACUUUGAGUUAUAAUAUAAUUAUAAAAGAAUAUAUUAAGCUUGGUUCUUCAAAAUUGCUAAUUAACAUAAUUGUGACAAAUGGUAGUUAUAUAUGUAAAUAUGUGAUAUGUGUGUUAAACUAUAUCAUAAUCAAAAAAUAUAUACUAAAAUAACAAAAACAAUUUUUUCUUAAAAAUUAAUUAUAAAUAUUAUUUAAUAGUCUUAUUAUUAUUAUUAUUAUUAUAUUAUUAUUAUUAUUAUUAUUAUUAUUAUUAUUUUUCAUUAUAAUGUUUAUUUUAAAAAUACUGAAGAUAGAUAAUUAUAAAAGAUAAAAAUUAACUUUUAAGAAAAAAAAAUGUUACACAAAAACGAAUUGUAAAAGCCUACAAGUACAAUAAAUUAUUUAAUAAAAACAUGAAUAAAAACUAAAUUUAAAAUAAAUAAUAUUACUUUUUUAAAAGCAUAAUUAAGAGAAAUUUGUAAAAGUACUCUUAUUAUUUUCUUAUAAGUAAAUAACUUUCCAUUUUAAUAGAUAAUUGUAUGUUAAAAAUUAUGACAAAAAAUAGUUACAAAUAUUUCACAUCUAUAUUUAGGUUUAAGCUUUCACAUAUUAAUUUACAAAGAACAAUAGUAUUUACAUGAAAUGUAUUUACCUGGUAUCUUCUUUUUUUAAUAUCUUGAUACAACUUAAAUUUUUAUUAUUCUUAUUAUAUCUUAUGUUAUGAUGGUAGCAUAACUUUUAAUUUUGAUAUUAUUGUCGUACAAUAGUGAAUGUGUCAAUAAAAAAAAUUAUUAUGUGAAAAUAACUUUUUUUUACCUAAAAUCUUAAAUAAAAGAGGCUCAAAAAGAAUUUUUUUUUCUAAUCUUAACCAAUUAAAAAAUUUUCCUUUUUUGAAUCGUAACAAGAGAGAAUUGUAGAAUUUUAUUUAAUAGUAAUUUUUACUUCAAAAUUUUAAUGAUAAACAUGAUAGUAACAAUUCUUCAAUUAACAAGAAAAAAAAUAUAAAAACAUUAAUGAUAUUGAAAAAAACGAAUUUUGAAAAUUGCAACUUUUAAAAAUAGUUAAUAUUAACUGGAAAUAGUUAUUUGAUAUAUAAAAAUUCUAAAUCCUAGACAAAAUAGAAUUGUAAAAUAUUAUGUAAUAUUAAUUUCCUUUUCUAAAAUCCUACAAAACUGUAAAAGAAUAUUUGAUAGUUGUUUUCCCUUUUUAUAUAAAAAAAAUCCAAAACAAAAGAAAUUUGUAUAAUGUUUUUAAGUCCUAAUCAAAAGAGAAUUGUAAAAAACAUUAAUUAACAAAAUAAGUGUAAAUUUAGGAUUGAUACGAAUUGUAAAAAUAGAAAUUUUAAAAAUAUUUAUUAAUAACUAAAAAUAAUUAUUUGAUAGCAAUGUAUUUUUUUCUGAAAUUCUAAAGAGAAGGUAAUUCUAAUAGCUUAUAUGAUAGUGAUUUAUAUUUUCUAAAAUUUUAAACAAAAUUUUAAGAGAGUAUUUAAUAUUAUUUUUUAUUUUUUAAUUGGAAAUAAAAAGAAAAUUUAUAAAAUAGGAUGUUUUCCUUUUUAAAAAAAUUCUAGCAAAAUAAAAUUUUAAAGAUUUAUUUAAUAAAACAUUAAAUUAGUACAUAAGAACAUGUAUAAUAUUGUCAUUGAUUCGAUUGGUGUAUUUAACUUUCAUUUAUUUUUUAUUUUUCAUUUCUUAUUUUGGAUUGUGUUCAGUUUAAAUGUUUAUGUAUAGUAUUUUCUUUAAUCUUUAAUAUAAAGUUUAUAACAACUCACCUAUGCACCAUGAUUAUAAAAUAAAAAUAUUAACUUGAACUUAUGUGUGAAAACAAGUUUUAAUUAUAAAAUAAAUCUCAAAUAACAUAUGCAAAAAACAAUUAUAAUACUAUAGUAAAAUGAUUUAUUAUUUUAUAAUUUUUAUUAAAUUAAAACGUCAAACUAAACCGGGCUCAUAUCUUGUAUAAAUAUACACAACAGCUAUAACAUAUUUCUUCUUAUAUAAGAGCAAGCGAACGUGGAAGUUGACCUAAAACCCUAUUUGAUCACGAGUGCAAACAACGAUGAUCUCCGAUCUGCCGCAGGAUUUGAUAGAAGAGAUACUGUCAAGGGUUCCGGUGAAAUCUCUGAGAAGACUACGAUCAACGUGCAAACGAUGGUACCAUCAAGCUUUAUUCAAAGAUCCAAGAUUCAUCGAAAAGCACUUUGAUAAAACAGCAAGACAGUAUCAUGCUCUCAUGGUGAUGAGUUCUUGGGUAUGUCCAGUGAGCUCCAUACUUGAUAGAUCCGUACUUACCACGGAAACCUAUUUGGUUUUAGGUGGUCGAAUUAGCCUAACUGUUCCCAAUUCUGACGGUGCACUAGUCGAUGUAAGUAAUGCCUUUCACUGCGAUGGCAUAUUGCUAUGCACCAACCACGAGGCAAACAUGCUUGUGGCUUGGAACCCGUUUUCAGGGCAAACCAGAUGGCUCCAACCGCAUACGCGAAACUACUUCGGAAUAUAUGCUCUCGGAUACGACAAGAACGAAUUGUUCCGUAACUAUAAAAUCUUGAGGGUUCCUUGUAGAAAAGGAAAGUUGUCAGUAUGGGAGAAACUUGGUGCCACUCCCGAAAGCGAUGACCUAAAACCUGAAAUCUAUGAGUUUAGAACUAAUUCAUGGAGGAGUCUUGAUGCCAUCAUCACUCCCCAAGCCUUCAUAAACACUUGUGGCGUGUCUUUGAAGGGAAGUACUUACUGGGUGUCAAGAGGCAACGGCUACUCACUACUCUGUUUUGAUUUUUCAUCAGAAAGGUUUCAACCUUUGUGUGCUCCCAUUGGUCAUGAUGACCAUUCUGGCACCAUGACUCUAUCUGUUGCUGGAGAAGAACGUAUUUCCUUGUUUUAUCAGAGCCAAGAGACACGCAAGGUGGAAAUAUGGAUGACUGAUGGGAUUGAGACCACAUUUGUGUCGUGGAGCAAGUUCUUAACAAUAGAUGUUGUAGAUCCUUUUUUCUCGAAUUCCAUGAGCUUCUUCAUUAUUGACGAGGAGAAGAAAGUUUUCUUGUGUUGUGAUAAAAGAGGGGAGAGCUUCUUAUUGGUAUGUUUUGUUGUUGGAGAGGAAGAAUAUAUAGCAACACCAAUUUCAGUUAAACACAUACAUAUUUGGUGUUUACCACCCUUUUAUGCUACAAGAUUGCUCGGUUAUGUUCCAAAAGAAUUAUAGUUUAGUUUGCUUCCUUUGUCAUGUCCUUCCAUUGAUGAAUGAAAUUAUUUUCAGUUUUUUUUUCUUGGUAUUUUUACUCAUGGUUACAAGGCUGGUUUCAUAGAGUUUUUGUUGAAGCCUGAGAAAAAUUCUCUGUUUUUGUGUGUGUCUAAGGCACAUAGAUAGACAUGAGUAAGGCAAUAAUAGCAUAUUUUGGGUCUAGUUAAGGAUAUGUAGACAUCUUCCGGGUCCCAAAUAAAAAAUAUAAAUCAUCCACAAAUGUGUGGGUGAACCACAAGGGAACCCUAAAACAAUAUCCAUAUAGUUCAAAUGGACAAGUUUUUCAUUUUCUAUUAAAUGUUCCACCGUCCACUUGUAAGAUUUCUAGAGUAAUAUAUAAGUGUGUGUCAAUAUUCCACUCUUGAUAUUCAGUUUUUUUUUUUUCUCGAUUGUAGUCUAUAAUAUCCAGUUCCACAAAGUAUAAGCUUCAUAUAUCUAAUACUGAAUGUUAGGUGGUGUAUUAAAAGUGCCAAAUAAAAAGGUUUCUAAUUUUGGACAAGUUUGCUUUUAAACAACCAACUUGUAUUCUUGACCAAAAGAAUCAUGGUUCUUUUAUUGUGCUCAACUACUACUUUACAAGGUCACCUUCAACCUCUCUCUCUCUCUCUCUCUCUCUCUCUCUCUCUCUCUCUACCGUUUUAAGCUUAGGAUUUGGCAGAGCCAUAAGGAGUGAUUCUCUCAAAUCCUCUGUUAGGUAGCUGUUGGUUCGGAUUCUAGCGCUGUGCGAGUAGAAAUGGAUGAAAACAGCAACGAUUUCAGUGAGGCAGUUGACAAGUGUUUCAACAUGUACAACCCUCGUUUGAAGAUUGACAAGCUUUUGUUUCUCGCUGACCGUGGUGUAAACCGAACCGAAAGCCUAAGUGUAGCUUGCCGUUUGAUCAAGCUCGGAGACAGUCCCAAUCUUCUCAGAAGGGUCAGAAGCAAAUACAACAUGGAAAGCGAUGCUGAUGAUUCUCUGUGGCUCAGACGAGCUGAUGAGCGUUUCUCUCGAGCAAAUAGUACUUAUGAGUCAUCAUGCUUUUCUCAGAGUAACUUGGAGCAUGAUACUUUUAUCAAUCGCUGCAUGGAAGAUAUGCUGGAGAAGAUGCGAACACAAGCCACACUGAAACUGCUAGAGCCGUACACAACAAAGUUUGAAAUUUCAUUUCAUAUCUACCAAACUGGGCGUUACAGAAGAUGAAGCGAUGGAGUUGUUGAGGUUGCUGAUACUCAACAACGGAGUUCAUUGGCUCGUUGAUGAAGUGGAAGGUUACUUGGUGAGAGUUGAUUGAUUACAAGAGCGUGUUGGGUUAACAAGAGAGCUAAUUAUUAUAUUAGUAGUGGCCAACUUAAAUGUCUCUGCAAUUACUAAUAAGGAACUUAAAUCCACUUCAUGUAUCUAGUCGUUUUCCUUUUCAAUGUGAAUAUCACCACGCUUUAUUUUCA